CAAUCAAGCCUUCCCCCCACCAACCUUUCAAGAGGGAAGUUUGGACUAGUGUUAGCAACAUGGCGGGUGUGCUGUUCGAGGAUAUUUUUAACGUGAAAGACAUCGAUCCGGAGGGCAAGAAAUUCGACAGGGUGAGCAGACUCCACUGCGAAUCAGAGUCCUUCAAGAUGGAUCUUAUUUUGGACAUCAACAGUUGGUUGUACCCUAUGGAUUUAGGUGACAAAUUUCGUCUCGUGUUGGCGACGACGUUGCGCGAAGACGGAUAUCCAGAUGGCAACGAAUGGAACCCCAUAGAGCAGGAGGGUGGUUCCAGGGCGGACAGCUUCGAGUACGUCAUGUCCGGCAAGGUGUAUCGGAUCGAAGGCGAUGAAGCUAGCAACGAGCCCAGCAGCAGAUUAUCAGCCUACGUAUCUUUCGGGGGUCUACUCAUGAGGCUACAGGGCGACGCUAACAAUCUGCACGGCUUCGAGAUCGAUCAACACAUGUACCUGCUGAUGAAGAAACUUGCAUUUUAAUUCUACCGAUUGCGCGGGCCGUCGAUCUCUUCCCACAGAUCAAUCGAUGAAGAAAUUUUUGUAUUUUACAUAUAACAUAAAUAAAUAAAUGUAAAUACAAUACACUAAUAAACGAUAUCAAUUACACUCUUCACAAUAACA